CAAAUGAAACUCGUACUGUAUAUCAUAUGCAGUUUACAAGUUGGCCAGAUUAUGGUGUUCCCGGUUCAGCAUUAGCCAUGCUUGGCUUUCGUGACAAGGUGCGUGAUAAACAAGCUGCACACGUAACUUGGUUGGGUGAGAGCUGGUCUGGUCAUCCUCUUGGCCCUCCGAUUGUUGUGCAUUGUAGUGCUGGAAUUGGACGUACCGGGACCUUCAUUACAUUAGACAUUUGCAUUUGUCGUCUGGAAGCGACAGGCCUUAUAGAUGUGCGCACAACAGUAGAAAAAAUUCGUUCUCAACGAGCUCAUAGUAUACAGAUGCCUGACCAGUAUGUUUUCUGUCAUUUAGCGCUGUUGGAAUAUGCAUUAAGUCGUAGACUUCUGCAAAAUGUUGAUCUUUCAGGCUUUAAUGAUAAUGAUUCUGAAUCUGAAUAAUGCUAAAGCUUUAUUUUAAUUAUCAAGUUAAUUUUUUUUAUUAAUUUAUGUAUACUUUGUACUGCCAUAGCCAGUGCUAAAUGUGUGUAUUGAUUCCUGUUUUUUAAGAUUUUUUUUAAAUAACUGCCAAAUGAUAUUAGAUAUAGUGGCUUAAUGUGCCAUUGCAAAUUGAUUUGUUUUAUCUCUUCAUUCAUUAAAAUAUAAAUAGAAAAAUAAAAAUAUGAAAUUUCAGAAUUUGGUUACAUAUAUUUCUGCAUAUAUAAAGAGGAAAGUUAAUAAUUCGGUUGCAUAGAUAAAGAGGAAAAGACUUAAAUAUUUAAUUGUUAUUUAAAGUCUUAAAAAAUUUUAAGUUUUGCAUAAUGUUUGCAAUAUUGUUCUUUUUUUUUUAAAUAUAAUUUUUCAAAUAAUUAUUACAUUUACUUAAAAUAUAUUCCAAAUUCUUUUACAAAACUUAUUUUUAUCUCUUUUUGCUCUGAAAAUUUGGUACUGCUUCUCAAAUUUGAAAGGAAAUUAAAAAAAUUGCAGUAUUAUUUCUUGCAUUAAAAAACAUCUGAAAUACUGUAGCAGUCUUUAGAAAGAAAUAAUUAUAAUGUUUAGAUACUUUAGGACGCAGGCUGUCAAAUAAUAUAUUAGUAAUGAGAAAAAAUAAAGUGUAUCGAAGUAAGCAUUUUUGCCUUCAUCUUCCCUGUGUUUUCAUUAAUUUGUACAGCAAAGUUCUAACUAUUGUGAAAGAGCAAAUUUAAUACUCUUUUCUAGUUCUGAAGGAACUAUUUUUUCAUUAUUAUUUUUUUAGAUAUUUUAUUUAAAGUUUUCAUGUUAAUUAAAUAUUAUUUUCUGUUGUUGUUUAUU